UAUAAUUCUAAAUUGAAAAAUUGUUGAAUUCAAAAUUUCAAGCAGUUAAUAUUGUAUAUGGGAUUGCAUUUUAUUCAUACUUAAUUAUGAAAAUUCCCAAGUUGUACCGACCAAGCCACUCCAGAAACAGGGGAUACCUAUUGCAGUGCGCUCCACAUUCUCAGGCUUCCUUCACACUAGUUUAAAACAUAUGCAUUAAUGCUUUGUUUCUUCAUCUUCGCUCAUUCUAAUUAACAAGGCGAUCAAAAUGAGAGUAACUAGUUUUUUUAUGACACUACAAACUCUCUUCUUCAUCACCACCAUCCUAGUAUUUCCCACGCACCAUCAUCACGUUCUUGCCCAAUUAAUCCCCAAAAAACUCCCAAUCACUGUGCCAGAAAUCCCCCUUGUACACGAUUUACUAGUAUUCGCCGAUCAAAGGCUUGCCAUAGUAUACCCAGUGAUUCAAAGAUUCAAAGCCAGCAUCACCUCCGACCCCUUCAACGUCACCGCCACGUGGAGCGGCGGCAACAUCUGCAGAUACAAAGGCUUCUUCUGCGAGAGCCCUCCCGACAACCGCUCCGCCACCGCCGUCGCCUCCAUCGACUUCAACGGCUUCCGCCUCUCCUCCUCCACGCUGGCCGGCUUCCUCGACCAGCUCCCGGACCUCGCCCUCUUCCACGCCAACUCCAACUACUUCUCCGGCCCCAUCCCUCCCGCCGUCGCCGGACUCCCUUACCUCUACGAGCUGGACCUCAGCAACAACAGAUUCUCGGGGCCCUUCCCGCCCGCCAUCCUCGCCAUGGACGGCCUCUCCUUCCUCGACAUCCGCUUCAACUCCUUCUCCGGCGCCGUCCCGCCGGAGCUCUUCGCCAAGGACGAGCUCGACCUGCUCUUCCUCAACAACAACGACUUCACGACGCCUUUCCCCGACAACGCCGACGCCGCCGCCCACGUGGCCUACCUCAGCCUAGCCAACAACAAAUUCUUCGGCCCCAUCCCCCGCAGCAUUGCCACGUCUUUAGCCGGUUUGUCGGAGAUCCUGCUGCUCAACAACCUCCUCAGCGGCUGCCUGCCCUAUGAACUAGGGUUACUCAAAGAUGCGGUGGUGUUCGACGCCGGAGGCAACAACCUGACCGGGCCGCUGCCCUUCUCGCUGGGGUGUUUGCAGAAGCUGGAGGUGCUGAAUUUGGCCGGGAACAUUUUGUACGGACAAGUGCCGGAGCCGCUGUGUUUGCUGGGGAGUCUGAGGAAUCUGUCGUUGUCGGACAAUUAUUUCAUGGGGGCGGGGCCGAGCUGCAUGAGGUUGAUCCAGAGUGGGGUGGCUGAUGUGAGGAAGAACUGCAUUCCUGGGCAGCCGUUGCAGAGGUCCAUGGCGGAGUGCGCCGCCUUCAUGGCCCGCCCCAAGUAUUGUCCCUAUUCGGAUACGUAUUCUAAGAUUCCUUGUUGGAUUCCUUACUAUGCUUUGGCUCCUUCUCCUUCUUCUUGAUCUCCUUCUCCUCAUGAUCGAUCAAUUAACUUCUUGAUUAAUCAAAAAUAUAUGAUUAAAUUGCAAAUUAAAUCUCAAUCUUUCGGGAUUUUUAAAUAA